CGAUGCUGCUGCGCAGGUGGACCUGAAGAAGGAUGCGCGACCCCCCCGGCUGGGUCCGGUGCUGCGCGCUGCUGCUGCUGCUGCCGUGCGCUGUGCGAGGCUGCUCGCCAGGACCCGGCGGCGGCCGCCGGCGCAGCCCGCGCAAGCUGACGCCGCUGGUGUUCAAGCAGCACGUGCCCAACGUGCCCGAGAACAUGCUGGCGGCCAGCGGACUGCCCGAGGGACGUGUCGACCGCGGCCACAAACGGUUCAGAGACCUCGUGCCCAAUUACAAUGCGGAUAUCGUCUUCAAGGACGAAGAAGGAACCGGCGCCGACAGACUCAUGACGCAGCGGUGCAAGAGCAAGCUCAACACGCUGGCCGUGUCGGUGAUGAACCAGUGGCCCGGGGUGCGGCUGCGCGUCACCGAGGGCUGGGACGAAGAAGGCCACCACGCGCCCCACUCGUUGCACUACGAAGGCCGCGCCGUGGACGUGACCACCAGCGACCGCGAGCGCUCCAAGUACGGCAUGCUGGCUCGUCUGGCCGUCGAGGCAGGCUUCGACUGGGUCUACUACGAGUCGCGCACCCACAUACACCUGUCCGUCAAGUCAGAGUCUUACGGGUCGGCGCGAACGGGCGGCUGCUUCCACGGCGACGGUCUGGUGCAGACACCCGUUGGUGCCAAGCGACUUGCCGAUGUGCUGCUUGGCGACCGUGUUCUGGCGCUGGGUGCGGACGGCCGGACGGCGGUGUUCAGCGAAGUGAUCGCCUUCUUGGACCGGCAACCCGAGGCUGAGCGCGUGUUUUACUCCGUCGUCACCGAGUGCGGACGACAUCUGACACUAACACCGGGACACCUGGUCUUCUACGUGGGUCCCGACCAGAAGGAACCACUGUUGCCGACGUUCGCUGCCCGCAUCAGGCCGGGCGGUUUCGUGCUCGCUCAGGGAAGCGGCAACGACACCGGAGGAGUGUGGCGCCGCUUCUCCGUCAAUGCGCGGACUAGUAGUGACUUGCGGCCUGUGCGUGUGCGGGACGUGCGCGCCGUGUGGUUAUCGGGAGUGUACGCACCACUGACGAGAGAAGGCACUGUGAUUGUGGACGGCGUGGCGGCAUCUUGCUACGCGGGCGUGCAAAACCAGGCGCUGGCGCACUGGGCUUUUGCGCCGCUGCGCUUGUGGCGCAGCCUCGUGGCGCCCACCAAACCAACCCCGUGCGGCUUUGACGGAGUGCACUGGUACGCAGAUGCCCUGUACAGGCUCUUCUACCGGCUGCUGCCCAGCUCCUACCUCUUAGAAUGAACCCCUCCUGCUAACUUAUUACUUCCUCCAUGCGCUUCCCCUUGUGUUCGGCAACUGAAGGCUGGAGAUUAGUGUGGCGUUCUCCGACCAAGUGACCUAAGUGCCCUCACCUUGUGGAUUUUGCGGCAGACAACGCACAGUCGGUACUCUUCCUGCCCAUGAUAGGUCGCAAGCACUUUUACAACGCGCACACACUUCCCGUUUCUCCAACUUUACUGAAGGUUCUGAUUAGACGGACAGAAUUGCCUGGCGGGCUAGUUGGUUCAGGCACGUGGCUGAAUCAGCGCAGUGUCUGUGUGCUUCUUGCUAUCCGUCCUAUUGCGUUCUGUAAGCACAAAAUCGUUUCUGGUAGUUCAAUAUGUGUCGCGUAGUGUGCCUACAGCGAUAUUGGUUUGAAGCCCUGGUUCUGCAGGGAACUUAGGCAAGGUCUCAACGAUGAUACGAUUAACAAAACGCCAAACCAGCUUCGGUUUUCUUCUGGUAAGUUUCAUAUGUGACAACGUCUUGAAGCGGCAUUAUCAGUUUUGGAACAGAAGCUGCACCAGUAAGAACAGUUUUUUACUUAUCUAGCCAGCCACCCCCAGAGGUGAAAAUUUAAAAAAAUAAACGCCUAAACCUUCAAAAAGCAUUUAGGUUUCAACCUCCGCUUGUUCGUCAACUGCAGAGUGGAAAGAAACGGCAGGUAUGACAGAUGAGGGCCAUGCGUGAGUGUCUACCAUGUUUAGCAUUUAGUGGCUUAUACUUGUGGAGGGUUCAAUUAGCUGCUCUCCUGGAUGUCUCAUGCUACAGUGACCUAAAUUAACGAUGGGCUUCGACAAAGUGCUGCGCAAAAGGAAGCCGAGAGGCAAAAAAUAGUUUUUUUAGUCAGUGUCUGGUGUUCUUCUGAUAACUUUCGGUGAAGAAUGUUGCAAAGUGAACACUAUUCGCUUUUCGUGCGUUCUAGUCAUUCACAGAUGCGUCAACGCGAUGUACUCCCCAGGCGGCAUGUUGUCUGCCGCUGUGGCUGACCAUGUGGCAAUGCAAUUCAUCCAGAAUGUGCGACGUUCCUCAGACGAGUGCAUGUGCGCGUGGUUGUGACACCUCAUUCCACAAAACCAUGGUGUCUCGCAAUAAUGUCUUGGCUUCUUUGCUGUACACAACAAGCAUGAUCUAUAAAAUGAUGGUAGCAAACAAACAAGAUGCUUCGAUGCUGAAAUAAAGCUUGUGUCGAAUACGCACGAAAACUUGUGUGCUGAUGUACGCCAAGGAACUGCAGCAGUGCACACCAUGCA